AUGAAUUAACCUCUUCUUCAGAAAAAUUAAACAACCAAAGAUGAUUUAGAGAAGCAAUCGUCUCAGUCGUAAGAAGAAGAUGUAGAAGAUGAAAUAGUCUAUGCAAUAAUUGUCAAAAACAGGAAAAAGAAAGUUGUUGAUUACGCUAAAAAACUUUAUAGUUUGCAUAAAUUUUUGAAUUAUGUAGUUAAAACUGCACCUGAAGCUAGAAGAACGUCUUUUAAAUAUAAAGAAGAACUUAUAUUUCAUGUUUUGAGCGAAUACCCCUACAUGUAUUUAUGUGUUACGAACGUUUAAUUUUCCAUAGAGAAGGCUUUUAUGUUCAUAUCUGAAAUAAAAGCACAUUUUUUAGAGCAAGAUGUUAAAGAAUUUAUACAAGAUAGAUAAGGCACAACUAAAAAAUUUUAAGAUUUCAUUAAAAACCAAAUGGAGAGUUACAAUACCACUGUUAAAACAAAACUCGAGGAAGCCAAAUAAUGUAUAGUUGAGACUGAAUAGAUUUUAAAUGAAAGCAUGAAUAAGCUAAUAGAAAAAGAGAAUAAAAUAUCAUCUUCUUUAAAGCAAAUUACAGAUCCUAAAUUAGAAAGGUAAAGUUCUUCGUAAGUUAUUGACAAGUCUCUUAAUGAAAGCUUCAAAAAGUUAAGCAUAAUCCUAAUUGCAGUUAUUAUUUUACUCUACUCAUGUGGUGGAUUUUCAUUUGAAGCUUGUAAAUGA